AUGGAAAUAGGAAUGCCCACAAUUGUUAUUCAACAUUUAUAUCGAAAUUCGGACAGGAGUAUAUUGUUUAUAUUUCAUCCGACCGGAAGUUUUCUAUCGGGAUGCCUACAAGAAAGAUAUGGAAGGAAACGGUGCAUGAUUCUCGCCAACGUCCCCAGUAUUUUCGGAUGGAUAUUGCUGUACUACACACACUCCACAGUUUCACUUUACUCGUCCACCGUGCUGAUGGGUUUGGGCAUAGGAUUCAGCGAAGCCCCGAUAUUGUCGUACAUCGGCGAAAUAACCGAACCGAGACUCAGGGGAUCGAUGGCUUUAUUGGCGUGUACCUCGUCUAUGUUUGGAAACCGUCGCAUUGCUGAGUACACUUUGUCCGAUCACGUGAAUAUGCCUUGUGAUUUUGAUUCCAGAGUCUCCAGUGUGGCUGGUUUCCAAAGCGAAAAACGAAAAAGCCGAAAAUUCCUUGUGUUGGUUAAUAGGAUGGCCGAGCUUAAGGAGCCUUCGGUGUACAGACCUUUUAUAUUUAUUAUGUUUUAUUUCCUGAUUUCCGAUAUCGUUAGCAGUGUACCUUGGAGACCGUAUACCAGUAAAAUCGUGACAGAAGUUGGUAUAUCGAAUAAUCAAAGUUUGUUCUUGGUAGUUUUUGCUGUUCUACAAACUAUUGGAUCCUUGAUAGUAGUAUUGACCGUCCAUUAUCUGGUUAUUAUCUGGUUAAAAGCAAUUAAGAAUGGCUAUAUCUACUCAACUCCUUGGAUUCCUAUAACUAUAUUAUGUGGCAUCAACUUUUUUGGAGCUUCAGUCAUUAUUUUGCCAUGGAUGUUACUUAGUGAAGUUUUUCCAAACAAGUAA